AUGAAAUUGCUCCACGGACCAGACGAACGAUCGCAACGAGUUGGCGAUUUAGCGCACUGGCUCAAUCCGGGAUUGUGGCUUCAACCGCCAGGCACUCCGGGCACAAUCGAUCUGACCCCGGACACCCCAAUGUCCGCGUAUAGUGGUAACAGUCUUUGGCCUACUGCACAAUUGGCUUGGGCUCGUCUACACGUGCUCGAAUCCGUCCCCGGUACCGUUCUAGAUACACGAACAGGAGCACAAUUGAAUUUGGGUGAACUGGCCAAUCAGGCAUGCGGAGCAGUGGUACAGUCUUUGCGACCGCAUGUGGACGAUUUACGCAAGCGGAACCACACACAACUGGCUGUUCGUAUUCACUUAAAACCUCCGGAUCAAGUUGGUUAUCAGGUGGUUAGUUUGCACUCGGAACUAGACACCUUAGUUCCACAUAGUCCCAAACCGUUGGACCCGGAUGGGGAUUCACUUAGUCAAUCGUCCGUCAGUUUCAGUCCAUCACCAGAUCCACGAAGCUGUUCGUCCGAUCUGGAACGCUAUCUCACUCCGAUUAUCCAGUCCUGGUUGUCGUGGAUGCAGUUUGAGUCCGGUCAUUUGGACUCUCCGUCCACGUCCCUAUCCCCAUCCACCCGAAAACAGACCGGACCGAGUAACAACAGGGUGGACGAGACGGGGACGGACAAUUCACCACAGCUGAUCAUUGAACUUGAUUUCUAUUUGCUUGAUUAA